GAAUCGGGCUCCUUUGAAGGUCUGAUUUUUUUUUUUUCCUUUUUCUGCCUGCCAACUGGACUUGCUGCUUUGUCGAUACAGGAUUUCCAGGUUCCCCUUCUCUGCACCCGAUAGACCGACUGCCAGACGCUGCAUCUGCGCAGACCCUUAACCUUCAAUCGCAUACCUUCCCGACACUUCACUGAGCUGUGCCCCUCACUUCCCGCCCAACAUGAGUGUCGUCGGUGUCGAUUUCGGUUCCCUCAACACUGUCAUCGCCGUCGCGAGGAAUCGGGGUGUCGAUGUGAUUACCAAUGAGGUUUCCAACCGGGCAACUCCAUCGCUCGUCGGCUUCGGCCCCAAGUGCCGCUACCUCGGCGAGGCCGCAAAGACCCAGGAGAUCUCCAACCUCAAGAACACCGUCGGCUGCCUAAAGCGCCUCGUCGGACGCUCGCUCAACGAUCCCGAUAUCCAGAUCGAGCAAAAGUACAUUUCGGCGCCCCUGGUCGAUAUCAAUGGCCAGGUCGGCGCCGAGGUCACGUAUCUCGGCAAGAAGGAGCAGUUCACGGCAACACAGCUCGUUGCCAUGUUCCUCACCAAGAUCAAGCAGACGACCGCCGCCGAGGUCAAGCUCCCCGUGUCGGACCUGGUCAUGAGCGUGCCCGCCUGGUUCACCGAUGCCCAGCGCCGCGCCCUCAUUGACGCCGCCGAAAUUGCCGGACUGAAGCUCCUUCGCCUUAUUAACGACACAACUGCCGCCGCUCUCGGCUACGGCAUCACCAAGCUCGACCUGCCCGGCCCCGACGAGAAGCCGCGCCGGGUUGCUUUCGUCGACGUUGGCUACAGCGACUACAGCUGCUCCAUCGUCGAGUUCAAGAAGGGCGAGCUCGCCGUCAAGGGCCACGCUUAUGAUCGCCACCUCGGCGGCCGCGACUUCGAUCGCGCCAUUGUCGAGCACCUGCAGAAGGAGUUCCUCGGCAAGUACAAGAUCGACAUCUACAGCAACCCCAAGGCCCUGUCCCGCGUCUACGCCGCCGCCGAGAAGCUCAAGAAGGUGCUCUCUGCCAACCAGCAGGCGCCCAUGAACAUCGAGUCGCUCAUGAACGAUAUCGAUGUCCGUGCCAUGAUCACGCGGCAGGAGUUCGAGGCUAUGGUCGAGCCUCUGCUCAACCGCAUCGACACCGUCCUGGAGCAAGCUCUUGCCGAGACCAAGCUGAGCAAGGAGGACAUCGACAUCAUCGAGGUGGUCGGCGGCGGUAGCCGCGUGCCGGCCAUCAAGGAGCGCAUCCAGAACUUCUUCGGCAAGAACCUCUCCUUCACGCUGAACCAGGACGAGGCCAUUGCCCGUGGUUGCGCUUUCAGCUGCGCCAUCCUCUCCCCCAUCUUCAGGGUCCGCGACUUUGCCGUCCAGGACAUCAUCAACUACCCGAUCGAGUUCGCCUGGGAGAAGGAUGCCGAUAUCCCCGACGAGGACACCAGCCUCGUUGUCUUCAACAAGGGCAAUGUGAUGCCCUCGACCAAGAUCCUUACCUUCUACCGCAAGCAGCCAUUCGACUUGGAGGCUAGGUACACCAAUCCCGAGAGCCUACCGGGCAAGGUUCCUCCCUUCAUCGGCCGCUUCUCCGUCAAGGGAGUCAAGGCGGGCGAAGGCCCCGAGGAUUUCAUGAUCUGCAAACUCAAGGCCCGCGUCAACAUCCACGGUGUCCUGAACGUCGAGAGCGGCUACUACGUCGAAGAUCAGGAGGUGGAAGAGGAGAUCAAGGAGGAAGCUAGCGAAAAGAAGGACGGCGAUGUGGGCGCUGGUGCGUCAGAGGAUACGAUCCAGAGGGACUCGAAACGUCGCAAGACCGAGACUCCUCCAUCGGGCGGAUCCGAGGCCGCUACGACGGAUGCCGAAGAACCAAGAGCUGAGCUAACCACUGAAUCCUCGCAAAAGGCCAUGGACACGGACAACAAGGAGGAGAAGCCGAAGACACGCAAGGUCAAGAAGCAAGUCCGCAAGGGCGAGCUGCCGAUCGUCAGCGCGACGCAGUCCCUCGAGCCGUCGGCCAAGCACGCCGCCACCGAGAAGGAAGCCGCCAUGGCGAUGGAAGACAAGCUGGUGGCCGACACGGAAGAGAAGAAGAACGAGCUUGAGACGUACAUCUACGACCUCCGCAACAAGCUGGACGACCAGUAUGCCGAGUUUGCCAGCGAGGAGGAGAAGGAGAAGAUCCGUGAGAAGCUCACGGCUACUGAGGACUGGCUCUACGACGAGGGCGACGACACCACCAAGGCCGUCUACAUCGCCAAGAUGGAUGAGAUCCGUGCUCUGGCUGGCCCCGUCGUGCAGCGUCACUUCGAGAAGGUCGAAGCCGAGCGCCAAGCGCUCCAGGCCAAGCUUGAGGCCGAGAGGGCAAAGAAGGCGGCCGAGGAGGAGGCGGCCCGCAAGGCGGCCGAGGCCGAGAAGGCUGAACAAGAAGCCGCCAAUGGUGGUGGCGCUGCCAAUGGUGGUGACGCUGCCAAUGGUGACGGCGCUACGAAGGACGAGGAGAUGACGGAUGCCGACGCUCCGCCGAAGGCCGAGGUUGACGAGGCUGGUGGUGCUCAGCAGUGAGAAUCCAAUGAUGUGAACAAUCUCCUAAUGGGACGUACGACUCCCCAGCUUGCUUUGGGUUCUUCCUUUUUCUAUUCUUACCGGACGCGGACGUGAGGGUGCCAAAAAGGCCCUUCACAGGGUGGUCUUUUUGAUAGAUGGGUCUCAUAGGAAUAUGAAGCGAAAG